CUAUAUAUUCCACAAAACCCUAAUCCUAACCCCUCUCACACCAUCUCCAUCUUCGCUGCUUGUGGCGCAACACACAGCCUCCCCUCACUCUCAUUUCAUCUUGCGAAAAUGGGUCUUUCAAAUGAUUACGAUUUGUUGAACCCGCCAGCAGAUGUUGAAAAGAGGAAGCAUAAGCUCAAACGUCUUGUUCAGUCUCCUAACUCUUUCUUCAUGGAUGUUAAGUGCCAAGGCUGCUUUAACAUAACAACUGUGUUCAGCCAUUCUCAGACGGUGGUUGUUUGCGGAAACUGCCAGACAGUUCUGUGCCAGCCUACUGGUGGUCGUGCUAGACUUACCGAGGGAUGUUCUUUCAGGAGAAAGGGAGAUUAGAGAGAUAGCAUUCGAUUUAUAUUGAAAUGAAUCUUCAUAUUGGAAUUUUGAUGUAGUACUCUAUUUUCAUUUUCACUAUCUAGUCUUAAUUAAGAACAAGUGUUUUUGAGUCUACUAUGACUUGAUUAUGUUAUGGUUCUAAUUUGAGUUAUUCUUUUUGGAAUUGGAUUGUUUAUUCUAUGUGGUGGUUCCCUUAAA